AUGCUGGCCAACAUGGCGCUCGAGAACGCAAGCCUGCCCGCCCUGCUGAACGCAUGGCGGACACUGCGACGUCACGGCGUACAAGUACGCCUGCACCGUGAUGCUGAGCGUAAUUCUCAGCCCGGCGGCGCCCUCGUAACGAUCUUCAGCUUCCAGUACCUCAAUGGGUGCAGCGUGCAGCGCCACGUCCUGAGCGUUGUCACCGAGCCAUGCGGCUCCGUCCCCAUCGUUGUGUCCGACUACUCGUCGUCGACCAACAACACCUCGAGCAACAACAACCUGGGCCACGAGGCACGCAGCGAAGUGUACGCAUUCAUCGCCGCCGCCUCUCUGCCACGUUGA